CCUCCCCCAUGCCGUCCCCCAUGAGCAAGGAGUACCACCAUGACUUCCCCAGCCCCCCUACCUCCCCGGGACCACUACGUCAGCGGAGUGCAACUCUGGACAGCAUUGGACUCUCCCAGGUAGCCAAUGGUCAGCUGGCCAGAAGGAGGGAUGUCAACCACAACAAAACAAACAGUCCUUUGAAAACUACCUUCCUGUUGGUCAGUCCUCAGCAGUCGGAGCAUUUGACCUCAGUCAGCUCCCCUAUGGAUGACUCAGCUUUUCUAGCCUCAGCCAGGAGGCCAAGCUUCUCCUGGAGGAAAGCUAUUUUUAACCGCGUCUGCACCCCCCAACACUCACUGGACUUUGGGGAGGAGGAGGGAGACAGCUGUGAUGGUAAGCUUCACAACACUGUGGAGAUCAGGGCCAUGUGGAAGAAGGCCAUUCUGGAGACGCUGCUGCUGAUUCGCAUGGAGAAGGAGAACCAUGCUGUGAGAGCUCGGCAGGAGGAAGGGGGAGCAACUGUCAGCAGAAAGUUGGACUACCAAGAGUUGACUCCCUGCUUGAAAGAGAUCACUACAGUGUGGGAGCAGAUGCUGUCCCUGCAUGGGGAUGAGGGGAGAGAUGGGGAUAUAGGGGAGGAUGAGAAGGCCAUUCCCAUGGUCAAACUCCUGGACUAUGUCAAAAAAGGUGUUCCGCGGACACUGAGGGGACAGAUAUGGCUGUUCUUGAUGCAGCAGAGACAGAUGAGCAGCACCGUGCCGGACAGCGGCUGCACCAGUGCUGAUUAUGAGGAUCUGCUGAAACAGCUGACCACACAUCAACAUGCUAUACUCAUUGACCUAGGCCGCACCUUCCCCUGCCACCCCUACUUCGCCAAGGCCCUAGGCCCAGGUCAACUGGAGUUGUUUAACCUGCUGAAGGCCUACAGUCUGCUGGACACUGAAGUGGGCUACUGCCAGGGACUCUCCUUCAUUGUGGGCAUGCUGCUCAUGCAUAUGGAAGAGAUAUCAGCUUUCCAUGUACUCAAGUACAUCAUGUACGACCUUGGCCUUCGUAAACAGUUCAGACCAAACAUGAUGGCAUUGCAGAUCAAGCUGUACCAGCUGACCAGACUCCUACAUGACCACUACAAGGACGUGUAUGAACACUUUGAGAACCACGAGAUCUCCCCAACCUUGUACGCGGCCCCCUGGUUCCUCACACUGUUUGCCUCACAGUUUCCCCUGGGCUUUGUGGCCAGGGUUUUUGACAUGUUGUUUGUCCAGGGGAUUGAUGCCCUCUUUAAAGUGGCCUUAAUGUUGAUUGGCAACCACAGGGCUCUGAUCCUGCAGUGUGACUCGUUUGAGUCUGUGGUCGACUUCCUUAAGACAACCCUGCCUGAGAUGGUCCAGGUGCAGAUGGAGCGCAUUAUAAACCAGGCCUUUGAACUGGACAUCAGCAAAGAGCUCCAGGCCUACGAGGUGGAGUACCACGUCCUCAGUGAGGAGAUGACCUUCUCACCUGGCCACGACGUCCACAGCGCCAGACUGUACCAGCACAGCAAGAGCCAGCCCGCAGUCUCAGACAGACCCUCCAGACUGGUGGAGCGCAGGAGGUCGUCUAUUGACAUUGAGAUGAUGUACCGCGUGGAGCAGCAGAACAGGGCUCUCAAGAACCAAAACAUUGAGCUGCUAGAGAGACUACAACACACCCAGUCACAACAACGCAGUCACGAGCUGAGCGUCCACACCCACGAGAUAGAGCAAGAGAAGCUCAAGUCACACAUCAGAACCCUGGAGCUGGAGCGAGGCGCCCUCCUGCAGGCCGUGGCCAUCCUGCGCAAGCUGAUCCCACGGGAGGCCCUGCAGCAGCUCAACCUGACCCUACCCCCCAUGCCGGAGUCGUCCUCGCCUGUCAUGCGGAUGGUGUUGUCGACGGCAACGCAGACAGAUCUUGAGACGCAUCUUCCAAGUUCCUCUCCACAGAAAUCAACCUCGUCAAACUUAACGAAUACAAACUCCACACAGACAGGUUCAUUGCCUAAUGAACCUGAACUAAUUAAACCAUCAAAGAAUGUUUCAGUGUCGGCGCCACCUUCCAACCAUGUCUCAAACAUCCCCGUACCAGGUCCAUCCUUGAACCUCACCCUGGGGCAGGAGACGCCAUCAGCGUCCACUUGUGUGGCUGCCGUGGAACCAAAGACCCCCUCCCAUGUCUCCGUGUCCUCCCCAGGGGUUGGUGCCCCAUCUCAGCUGCUGACCACCACAGCAUCGGGCGCCACUGAAUCCUAUCCUUCCAGAAGUAUUUCCAACUCGGCCAGUAGCCACCAGCCCAGCAACCCCCUGACCCCUGAAGAGAGGAGACGCACUGUUAAAGUUGUUGUCCAACAGUCCCCUACAUCCAGCUGUCCAGACAGACCGAAUGUCAGCAGAUAGAAUUCUGUGUCAACAGCUAGGAUUGGUUGACUUUGUUGAGAGGACAACUACCAUUGGAUGGUUAUACACCAUGUGACUUGCUAUCAGGUUAUUUAUCAACCUUGUGAUUUAUCAACUGAGCCUCAAGGACAACUGUGAUUGGCUGAUUUGAGCACAUGUGACAGGUUAAAACCUAAGUUGUGAUUGGUUGACCAGGUUUUAAGGACAUCUGUGAUUGGCUUAUCAGGUAGUUGGGACCACAUGACUUCCAAUGUGAAAACAAACAACACCUAAAACUUGAAUGAAAACAGUCAGUGUAAUGCUUUAGCUAACCUUUCUUGAAUGAUUCACUCUACGGCUAAGUGUUCAGAUUUUAACCCCCUCUUCCAGCUGAAAGAUUGUUAUAUCCAGAUUUAGCAGUGUUGAGAUUAUGUUGAAAUUUAUUGUCCCAACUAUAUCUUCUCUCAAGUCACUUGAAGUUAAUACAACUGGGAUUUAAAUGGCAAUAAUUAAGUCGGUACCAAAUUAUAACUUCAUAUGAUUCUUUGUGUGUGUCAUAUUUUAUAUUAAAUAUUGUUAUAUAUAAAAUUUAAGUUUAAAUUGUAAAUAUUUGGCUUGAUGCCAUGUGAUAGUCUAAAAACUAAAUCAAACCCAACUUUUACAGAUUAAAAUUUGGAUGGUGAGGGUUUAAGAUAACCAGUUUUUGUUAUUUUAAAAAAUACUAUAAAAAGAAAUCUCACAUGUAUCCGUAUCCUGGCUGGGUGAGCCAUGGAUUCACUAGUGCCUAUGUAUGGAUGAUAUUCCAGUUGUAAUACUGUCAUUACAUCACACUUUGUAUGUAUAGUUUAGAAAAUGUGUUAAUUGAACCAUUAUUUCAUUAAUUAAAUACACAGUGUGUAUGUAGAGUCUAAAAAUGUGUUAAUUGAAUCAACUGUCAAUACAUUAAUUAGAUAAUUUAAUGUUUAGCCAAAAAAAAAUUGUGUUAUGUGAAUCAACUUAACAGUUUAUACUUUAGUAGUUCUGCAUGAUGAUAUUUGUGACUAUGUCAGAUCAUGAAUGAUUCAAUGCUUUGUUCCUAGGCUAAGAGAUUUAUUUUAAAUUUUUUUUUCUCUCAAUAUUGUGAUUUAAGUUGCCUUUUUGUUUUGCAGUGGAAGUUUUCAACUUCACCAUUUUAUUGCUGCAUAUCAAUAAUUACCAUCCCUAGUGUUUAUUUUUGUACAAAUUUUGCAAAGUUUGUUCCCUUGAUAUUUACAUUUGUGAUAGUCUUUCACAAUAAUGUAUGUUCAAGUUUUCUCUACAGUCAAUGUAGACCACCCAACCUAAUGGAUGUUAAUCUGUCAGGGGAGAUCAGCUGAACACCAAUGCUGUUACAUGAAGCACUAAAACAUUUAAGGGGAGAAAACUAAAGUUUGUAAACCUUAAUAUAUUUCUGAUCUGUGGUUAUUGUGGGAAAAUAAAAUUCAAAACAUGUAUUUUAAUUAACAAUUUAAUGACCAAAGAAUUUAAUAUAUUUAUUUGAUAAGGGUAUGGGUAGAAACAUAUAUUUAUUUAUUUUGUGAAACCGGAUUUAAAUUUGAGUUACUCUAAAAAGUAAGUGAUAUACAUGCUCUUAAAUUCCGUGGUCGUUCUACAAAUAUUUAUGUGCAAUAAUGAACUUCUCUUGUUAUACCAUUGAAUGGAUCUGAAUUAAAGCUUUUUAUUUUAAUUUUCUAACCCACUUAUCAAAAAAGUAUUUUAUAAGUGUUAAGUAACUUUUCUUUUACUGGAAUUAUCUUUUAUAUGACUCUACAAUUUAAAAUUAGCUAAUUGUAAUCUCAAUUUAUUUUAAAACUUGGAUUUAUUUUAUGAAGUUGUUAUUAGAUUUAAGUUGGUACAGCUUUUAUACAAGAAACUCUUGUACUACUCUAGACUAUACUGUUGUACCACUACUCUAGACUAUACUCGUGUACCAAUAUACUCUAUAUUGUUGUACCAUUAUACUCUAGACUAUACUGUUUUACCAUUAUACUCUAGACUAUACUGUUGUACCAUUAUACUCUAGACUAUACUGUUGUACCAUUAUACUCUAGACUACUUUUGUACCAUUAAACUCUAGACUAUACUGUUGUAUCACUUUACUCUAGACUAUACUGGUGUAUCACUUUACUCUAGACUAUACUGUUGCACCAUUUUGCUCUAGACUAUAUUGUUGUACCAUUAUACUCUAGACUAUACUGUUGUACCAUUAUACUCUAGACUAUACUGUUGUACCAGUACUCUAGACUAUACUGAUCUACCAUUGUAUUCUACCCUUGUUCCAUUACUCCACAUCUCAUACAGAAUCUCACUCCCAAUACACUAAGAACAAAAUCUGGUGACAAACUUGGUUUUACAAUGUGAUUUCAUUGAAUUAUUUAGCCUAUAACUUGACCAUGUUUGCAGUGUUAAGGUAUUGACAAUUUUCCAUUUUGUUGGAGCUCAAAAUAUUUUAUGCUGGUCAUUUGCUGGUCAGUUGGUGAUCAUCAACAGGCCAGUAAGACAUUCCAAACGAUUGAUUGGACAUAGGACAUAAGGUUUUACAUUGGGGUCUUACAAUCAUUGGGGUCUUACAAUGAUUGUGGUCACUCAAUAAUUGUGGCUUUACAAGGAUUGUGACCUAACAAAGAUUGUGGUCACACAAUGAUUGUGAUCUUACAAUGAUUGUGAUCUUACAAUGAUUGUGAUCUUACACUUAUUGUGGUCACACAAUAAUUGUGGUUUUAUGAUGAUUGUGGCUAACAAAGAUUGUGGUCUUACAAUGAUUGUGAUCUUACAAUGAUUGUGGCCUUACACUUAUUGUGGUUACACAAUAAUUGUGGUUUUAUGAUGAUUGUGGUCUUACAAUGAUUGUGGUCUUACAGUAAUUAAAGUCUCACACAGAUAGUGGUCCCAGAGACCAUCAUCUCAAAAGGUUUCAUUUUUUUUAGACCCUGGUCUCAUUGAUAGAGGCCCCUCCGUUAUAUGUUAUAUUGAUAAUUUUACCCCUUAGUGUGUUUUCUCUUCCAUGGCCUGCCUCACUGCUUGUAGACCAGACUUCUGAUUUUGACCGGAACAAAUUACACAAAACUAUUUUCCUCUACAAUCUUGUAUUAUUGGCAUUACAAUAAACUGUGAAUUUUAUGUAUUUUUCACUGGGGUAUUUAUAAUUGUAUUGAUAAACUUGUCAUUUUAUGUUUUUUUCCUGCAGUAUUUGUAUUUGUUGAUAAACCUGGUAUAUUUUGUGUCUGUUCUGCAGUAUUUGUAUUGUUGAUAAACCUGGUAUUUUUUUAAUCUGUUCAUUCUGCAGUAUUUAUGUUGAUAAAAAUGAGAUAUAAGGGGAGGUAAGAGAAGCUUUUAACCUCUCCAGUAUGUGUUGUGUGUCAUAUAACUGUCCUGACAUUAUCCCACAGAUGUCACACCCAAUCAAUGAAUGUCAUAUUCACGUCACUGUUGAAUAAUGAAAUAUUCUGUAUUCUGUCCUGAAAAUGUCAUGACUAUCAUAGUUCAGUUACGCGUGUCAUUAUGUAUAUGACACUAAUGUCAUGUACAGCAAAUGUCAAAUGUCCAUCAAUGCAUGUUCAUGAGGUGUUGAUAACCAGUGCCAAAUAGUUCUCCAAAUGCCUUUAGACUAUUUGAGUUUAUAACAAAUCUAUUUGGGCAAGGAGCUCAUCACGUAGUGGCUAUCAUAAGUUUGCCAAAAUUAAUUUAGCUCUAUUGUUUUAAAGUGAUGUUAUUUUAGUAUUUGUUUGAGGAUACGCAACAAGUAUGUAUGUGCUUGUGGUAAACGCGUAUUGAACAAUCUGGCAAGUGAGGCUACAUGUGUUUAGGCUAUCUGGUACGUAUGGUGUAAUAAAUUAAAAGAAUUUAAAAACAUUUUAGUGUAAAUUUUUUUAAGAGACUGGUAGAUGCAUGGGCCUGUCAUUUGUAGCAAAGUUUGGUUAGAAAAUGUAAUUUUAGCUGGUUGGAAAAAUUAUUUUUGCCAGAAAAUUG